ACAGGCUCAGUCCGAUGCUUCCUUAGAUUCAACGGAAGUGAGGAAGCCGUAGUCUGACGCAGAAAUUUCGUGACAUCGCCUGAGGAGCGGCCACCGGCGAGGGUUUUGGUGAUUUGGUCAAUGGAUUAUGAAUCCGGCUUCUCUACGCCGAAGGCGAAGCGCACGAAGCUAUCGAUGAACAACUUUUUGUUGGCCUACCAGAGUUUGGGUGUUGUUUAUGGCGAUCUGAGUAUUUCCCCUAUUUUUGUUUAUAGUAAUAUUUUUUCGGGAAAGUUGAAGCUUAGUGAAGAUGAUACUGAAGUCUUUGGAGUCCUCUCUUUGGUUUUCUGGACUCUUACUCUGAUUGCUCUCUUGAAGUAUAUCGUGAUUGUAUUAGGAGCAGAUGAUCACGGAGAAGGAGGGGUCUUUGCUUUGUACUCGAGAGUAUGUCGGAACUCGAAGCUUGGCCUUAUAAAAACUCCCAUUGUUGCUUAUGAGCACUUUCCUGUAUAUGAAUUCCAAACACCCUACGAGGAGAAUAGGACGAGUUUGAUGAUAAAAGGCUUUUUUGAAAAGCAUCAAAGAUCUAGAAUUGUCCUCUUCCUCAUUGUACUACUGGGAACUAGCAUGUUCAUUGGUGACGGUGUGUUGACGCCAACAAUGUCAGUUCUAUCAGCCGUAUCUGGUCUCAGAGUUAAGGUACCGGGGCUGCAUGAAAAUUACACAGUGGCCAUUUCUUGUUUUAUUUUAGUGGGCCUUUUUAAAUUGCAACAUUAUGGAACGCAUCGAGUUGGUUUCCUCUUCGGCCCGCUGCUAAUUUCUUGGUUAGUCUGCCUUAGUAUGAUGGGGAUCUACAACAUCUUCAAGUGGAAUCCUGCUAUUAUACAAGCUUUAUCGCCAUAUUAUAUUUAUAAAUUUUUCAAAGUGGUUGGAAUUGAUGGCUGGAGUUCACUUGGAGGUAUUGUACUUUGUAUUACAGGUGCUGAAGCCAUAUUUGCUGAUCUUGGUCACUUUUCAAAGCUAUCUCUCAGGAUAGCAUUUUCAGCGCUAGUUUUUCCAAGUUUAUUACUAGCAUACAUGGGUGAAGCUGCCUUCCUUUCCAAGCACAAAGAGGAUUCUCAAUUGAGUUUUUACCGAUCUAUCCCAGAGAGCAUAUAUUGGCCUGUAUAUAUCAUCGCCACACUAGCUACAAUAGUUGCGAGCCAGCCGAUGAUUUCCGCCAUUUUCUCCAUAAUCAGUCAAUGUAGGGCCCUGAACUGCUUUCCUCGCGUGAAGAUCAUUCAUACAUCAAACCAUGUCCAUGGCCAGAUAUACAUACCAGAAAUCAACUGGCUUUUAAUGCUUCUAUGCAUGUCUGUCACAAUUGGCUUUAAAGAUACCACUGCAAUUGGAAAUGCUUAUGGGCUUUCAGUGAUCACAGUAAUGUUUGUCACAACAUGCCUUAUGUUCCUCAUCAUCACCACAGUGUGGAACCAGAACAUUCUCUUAGCAACUCUCUUUGCUAUCACCUUUGGUUCUGUGGAGCUUUUCUACUUAUCAGCCUGCCUUGUUAAGUUCCCACAUGGAGCCUGGCUUCCGCUUGUCUUCUCUCUUAUCAUUCUAUUUGUUAUGACUAUUUGGCAUUAUGGUACAUCAACGAAACUGGCUUAUGAGCUACAGAACAAAGUGCAGCUUGACAGCAUUCUCAACUUCAGCGUCGGCCUUGUUCGUGUUCCUGGCAUUGGCUUUGUCUUCUCGACCAUCCCAGAUGUCAUUCCUCCAAUGUUUUGUCACUUCAUUACCAACUUCCCUGCCUUCCAUCGUAUCAUAAUCUUUGUAAACUUGCAGACUGUGGCCUUGCCAAGAAUCCCACUAGAAGAGCAUUUUUUGAUUAGCCGAAUUGGUCCUAAAGAGUUUGGCUUCUUUGGGUGCAUUGUAAGAUAUGGAUAUAAGGAUUCCCGUGGAGAAUUUAGUGAAUUUGAAGAAGAGCUGCUAAACAAAGUUUCAGAAUUUUUGCUGCUUGAAGGCAGCAAUAAUGUCUCUAGUUCCGACGAGUCUAAUGAGAACUUAAUGAUGGAGAUAUCAGAGAAGAUGCCAUUGAGAGAUGAAGUGAUGGAACUGAUGGAGGAAAGGAAAGCUGGUGUGGCUUACAUGAUAGGCCACACGGAUGUCCUGGCUCAUUCUUCCUCAUCUUUCUUCAAGAAGAAUAUGAUCAACUUGGUCUAUGGAUUUCUACGGCGGAAUUGCCGGCAAGUGGCGGUGGCGCUCAGAAUCCCCCGAGCUUCAUUGAUAGAGGUUGGUGUACAAUAUCGCGUUUGAUAGAUUGUA